GCACGGCAGGGCGCCGCCACCUCCCCGUGCUUAGCUUCGGGCUCCGCUUGCCUUCCGUGGAUCGGGAUUUACGAGCGUGGACGGCGGUAGAUGAGUCUACAGACCCCCUCCCCAGGCGUGCCACGGAGUCAGAAAGAAACCUCGGGUCUGCCACGCCGUGGAGGAGUAAAAUAAACCUUAUACGAGCAGCAAACCCGGCCCAAGCCUUCUUGCCUCCUUGCAACCAACUUUACACACCCCCCUCCCCAAGCACGAGAAUUGCCUCCUUUCCUCCUCCCUCCACGCUCCUUCUUUCAGACUGUAGGAUGAGGCAUUCCCUUCUGUCUGGCUCGAGGUAAAGCAUACCCCGGGGGCAACAGCACAUCUGGCAGGGACUGAAGGGGUUUUAUCCAGUCUCUACCGCAAUCAACAAUGGCAAAUGAACCGGUGAUUCUGAAUGUGUAUGACAUGUACUGGAUAAAUGAAUACACCUCCACCCUGGGGAUCGGUGUCUUCCACUCUGGCAUCGAGAUCUACGGCAGAGAGUUUGCCUAUGGAGGGCAUCCCUACCCCUUCAGUGGGAUUUUCGAGAUCACGCCUGGCAGUGCCGUAGAGCUUGGCGAGACCUUUAAAUUCAAAGAAUCCAUUGCCUUGGGCACCACAGACUUCACAGAGGAGGAUGUGGAUAAGAUUAUGGAAGAGCUGGGCAAGGAGUACAAAGGAAAUGCAUACCACCUGAUGCACAAGAACUGUAAUCACUUCUCUGCUGCUCUGGCUGAGAUCCUGUGCGGGAAGGAGAUCCCCCGCUGGGUGAACCGCCUGGCUUACUUCAGCUCCUGCAUCCCCUUCCUCCAGAGCUGCCUCCCCAAGGAGUGGCUGACCCCAGCAGCUCUGCAGAGCCACAUCAGCCUCGGCCUUCACAAGGAGGAGCAGGGGGACACAGCCGCUGAGGAGUCCCCCUCCACCUCGGCAGCCCCCUCGGCCUCAGGCACAGCACGAACCUGUAGACACACCCGGGUCUAAAACUGUGCCCAGGGUGCCCUCAGAUAGCACCCCCUUCCUCUCUUGUACCACUUCCUUCUCACACCCUGUUGCACACCUUGGCUUAUCUCUUCUUCAGCAGACAACCCUGGGGAGGGAGGACCCUUGCUAGGAGGGAGGUGAAGCUCCAGUCCCUUUCCCAGGGGCUGCAGCUGCAGUUGCUCAGCGAAAUGACUGUGACGCCCAAGGCUGAGCUGAGGAGCGUGGAGGUGAAGCUGAUUCUCCUCCCAGGGUGCCCAUGCUCCUUGGCCCCCAGAGAACUGCCGUCUGUCUCGGCCACGGGCAGGGCUGCCCCGUACUGUGACGUUCCUGCUCUGGAACUGCUGGAUCUUUUUAUCUCUUCCCCUACCCACGUGAGCCCAGCAGCCUCCUCUGUAUUUUGGCUGGGUUUGUCAUUCCCCUGUGACAGACCUGCCUGUGCCCAGUGAAGGAAGCAGAGCCAGAACUCAACCUUCUCAUCUCUUAGACCAGCAACGAGCUCCACUCAGCCCCAUCCCUUUUGUAAUGAAUCAGGUUUCUAACUCACGUGAGGGAGGAAUUAAAGGUGCUGCUGUUCUACAACCACCAGUUCUCAAUACUCAGAUUUAAGAGCUCGAAUGACUGUCCCGCUCUUGAAAGGGAGAACAAAGGACUUAGGAACGUCUUACUGUGGCUUUUCUUUGGGGUCAAAAAGAGGAUGGGGCUAGAGCUUAGAGGCAGCUACUAAGCAGAUGCAGAGAUGACUGUUGACCAUGUGCUUUUUGGCACAGACCCCUCUCAGUUCCCCCAGUUUUAGGCAGCGCUCCUGGUUUCCUCUUCUUCCUCACAUUGCCUGGGGAAUCUCUCUCUCCCCUAGCUGACCUUUGCUGUCUGUCUUUGGGGGAAUGGCCCUCCUGAGCACAAAGGGGAAGAGAAUCUGUUAGGAAGGUUGAUAUUUCCUUCAGUUUUUCCUCCUGUACUCACAGACCUAAAGUGUGGCUCCAGGGUGGAGUGUGGCCACAGACCUAAAGUGUGGCUCCACCCUGCCCCAGCCUGGUUUUGAGCCAACCCAAGAAGGUAAAAAAUAAGUGGUGAACCCAAAGAAGGUCAGCCUGUUUCCUCCUUCUCCCUUUUUGGAGGUGGAGGAGGAAACUUGGGGCCGCAUCUGGGAAGCAUGGAUGCCCCUUCCACUGCAUGGGCCACCGUGGUGCCUUCUGUUGUGUGCACUGUUUCAGAGGCGUGGGGAGUGGGCACGGCUGUCUCACUGGCCUCUCCAGGCUGGCUCUUGACAAAAAUCUGGUCCCUGGGUGUAUUUAUGCCCAUUCUGAUAGCUGACAACAAAGCAGAGGAGGAGGAAAGGACAAGUACACCAACUCUUCCACUCAGUUACCUCACUAGUUCCAGGCAGAAGAUGCAGGAGAGGAUCAAAGGGGAAGCCCAGCCCCUCUCUCUCCCUUGCAAGGAGGAUGAAAACUACAACAGGCACGGUGUUGAGAAGGGGUUGCCACUGUAGAGAUGCUGUUCUCAACAGCUGCUGCCAAGUCAGGACUUCUGCCCUCCACCCAGAAGGAACUACAAGCCCUUGAGAUGGGUGGUUGUUUCCUUUUAUUGGUCGCAAUAGCAUGCUCAGUCCAAGCAGGUGUUUCUUUAGCUCAGGAAUACAGGAGUGUGUGCUUUGUGGGCUGAUGGCUUCCUGGCUGGGCUGUACAUCGUGUCUGCACGUGCUGCUUAAUGGUUUGUUACAUGUGCAGACUCUUGGUGAAGCAGAAGGCUUGGGAGAGGUGUAUUGGAUGAGAUGUAACUCAGAGGAUGGCCUGACUCCACUGCCUCCUGAAGUGAUGCACGUUUGGGCAACAAAACCUUUACAACACGCCUCUCAUUUUCAUCCUCUGAACAAAUUGCUGCAAGUUCUGUACUGAACUAAAGUCAUGUUCCUUAUUAACCUUGGCUACUCCCAGCCAAUACUGCAUUGUGAGCAAUUCUGCAGCUCCUGCUCCAGUCUUGAUUCCCCUGGCUUGUCCAGGGCUGGUUAAUGAGAUUUCCACCCUGUUCUGCAUCCCGCUGCCCAGAAACAACGUUACAGCCUGUACUUUGCACUCUCUUACUCCCCUGCAGUCAUGGCCAUUGCAGCCUAAGACCAGCAGCACAAGCUUCAUUUGCCUGAAGUUCCCAGGGUGCUGCCAAUAGCCAACAGCACAUGAUGUGCAGGGAAUUAAGAACCUCCUUUCAGCUCCUUCUCUGGAGGAAAGCAAGAGAGGCUUUCCCAGAGCUUUUGUUGAGGCCAGGGAGCCCGCAGGCAGAGACGCCUAGUUCCUGAUGUGACAGAAGGCAGCCCUCACCCUUGUGUUUCCACUCUGCACCUCAGCUGCAGAUGGAUGCAGCUGGGAGAGAACUGGGGCUCCAGAGGCACGUUUCACACGGAAAAAACCUCCUGCAGUAUGUCACAAGGUAAAAAAAUGCUUAACCUGGUAACCUGGACAGGAAGGUGCAGCCUCCCUGGGGAUGUGAAUGUGUGCCUGAAGUACUGGGAACCACACCUGGGGGGAGCUGUCAAGGUCAUUAAGCCCAGAUGUUUGUUUAUCUGCUUCUCUGUUUGUCCCUCAGUCUAUGACAGUAGGGGUCACAUCAAACCUCUGCUGCAGAUCCAAACCAAAACAUACUCCAGGCUUCAAAAGCGUUUCCCCCAACCCUCCUCUGUUCAAGGUGACCAACCAACAAGGACAAGAACAAAGGGACACUGGAAAUGCGACAGAUACUGAUGGCAGCUUUACCUCUGUAACUGAACAGCAUUUUAGGUUAUUAAACGUGGAG